UCCGGCCUUUGAGGAAGGUCUGCAUUUUCACCAGGACUGAAGAUGAUUUGACCGAGGAAUGGACGCGGGCGGACGGGCGACAACAGGAAACCGUAUCCCCGCACGAACCUAGCAGGGGAAACAAGUUGACUGGCGGUUCCGGAGACGAGACCCCCGCUAGCAGGAGUGUCCGGAGGCACUGGGAAACCACUGCAUGUCACUGGUGACAGAGUUCAUCAGCGGUAUCCCUACACCUCGACCUAAUGUUUCAGCACACCUUAACAGCCAAGCUCAUUGAGUAUCGAACUAGCUCCGGUGGAUUCCCAUUCUCCGGUCGUCCGGUUUAGCGGGGAAGUUUUCCGACUGGGUGACGGAUGACAUGUACGGCUACAACCACGUCGAGAUGUUCCCACGUCUCACAUCCAAGUCAGGACUGAAACACGGCGCACACAACCCUGGAAUCCACACAGACUGACGGCGUGCACGGAGAACAUUCCGGGUGGACGGGGUCGCUGUCAGCCUGCAGUACCGCCGCUCCCCUUCAAGGGGCGCAAAUGGGUUCACUGCUUAAAUCACCACAUAAAGCCUAAAUAAAUGAGUAAACGUUUGAAAAAUACGUCAUCCAUAUUUAAUGUGCUACCUUGAAUGUAAGAAAUAACUAAGACGCAGCUUAUCGGGCGUAAAAAAAUAUCGAGAGGUUUGUCAGGUCAACUAUUUGAUUUAGUUUAAUGUUGAUGCUGCAAGGACGCCAUCCACUGGAUAGACGACAGUAACACCAGAACUACCAGUCCGGCAGGACUGGUGGGUGUCAAGCUAAACUCUAUUUGCAGGAUUGUGUGAGGCAUUUGCAUUUUGUUUCGAUAACGUUAACCUCAAACAAAAACGCUUUGUUAGCGGGGUGUAAAGUUCCACUCUGCAGUGACGUUAUAAUGCAAUGCUCCAAGUAAACCAAACGUUUCUCACGUUUAUCGCAUCAUUCAGACGAAACGUGGGUCCACUUGGAUCGCUUCAUGGUUGUAUUCUACUAUAUCCGGAUUUAUUUUCGCGCGACCAGACACAAAAACAACUCUGCGCCACUUCCGCCACGUGGUCAACUCCCGCCCGGAAAGGGCGUUUGUCAACACUGAGCCAGUCUGACUGUUGUGUUCAAACGAUCCGCGGGGACCUUUGUUCUGAACUACGAUGUCGGAUGAUAUAGAAGACACUGCAAUCGUAUCUUUUCGAGAUAUCAUGGACGAGGACGAACUGAGAGAGGCGCUGUCGGUGUUGGGGGGCAGCGACCCAGAACAUUGUUCUUACACUAAGGGCUAUGUGAAGAGGCAGGCGGUGUUCGCCUGCAGUACUUGCACUCCCACGGGCGUGGAUCCUGGUGGGCUUUGUCUGGCCUGCGCAAACAUCUGCCACGAUGGACAUGACAUCUUUGAGCUGUAUACCAAAAGACAGUUUCGUUGUGAUUGUGGCAACGACAAGUUUGGGGACUUCAAUUGCCAACUAAACCCAACCAAAGACAGUCUGAAUCUAAAAAACAAAUACAAUCACAACUUCUGCGGGAAAUACUGCUCCUGUGAUCGGCCAUAUCCAGACGCAGAUGACCAGGUGGACGAUGAGAUGAUCCAGUGCAUUAUAUGUGAGGAUUGGUAUCACACAAGGCACCUGGGCUGUGCCGUGGUGGACUCUGAGGAGCUGCAGGAGAUGGUGUGUGAGGCGUGCAUGAACAAAGCCCCCUUCCUGUGGAGCUAUGCUGCUCAUAUUGCAGCGGCGCCUGUGAUCAAAGUUGGUCAUUCGGGGGAAGAGCUGGAGGUGAAUGUUGACGAACUGGAAAACCAGGAAGACCGGAAGUGUGAGGCCUUUAGAAACGGGGGAGAGGGAUCCUCCUGCCAAACCCUGGACAAGCAACCAGAAAACCGAAGUGCGGCCUUCAAGCGGACGCACCAGGAGAUGACGGACAGCCCGGUGAAGACCCACGGCUGCAGGCUGAAGGAGCUCCCGACCGGGGGUCCGCACAGGGCGAGGGAGGGAGCCGUGUUCUGGCCCUAUAAUUGGCGCUCCAAGCUGUGCACCUGUGUAAGCUGCAAGAGGGCCUAUGUGAAGGCGGAGGUGCAGUUCCUGUUGGAUGAGUCGGACACGGUGCUGGCCUACGAGAACAGCGGCCGGGCGCAGCCGCUGGGCGAGGACCGGCUGAUGUCAUUCCUGAGCUCCCUGGACCACGUGCAGCAGCUGGAGAUGAUUUACCAUUACAAUGACCUAAAAACAGAACUGACGACAUUCCUGCAGCAGCAUGCCGUUGAACAUAAGGUGGUCACAGCAGAGGACAUAGAGCAGUUCUUCGAGGGGCUACAGUCGAGGAAGAGGGGGCGACCCAACGCAGGCUACUGAGGAGGCACUGGACCGAUGCUUCCCUUACAGUGCCUAGGACUGAUCUGGGACCAUCUUUUCCUGUUCAAUACCGUUUAGAAACGUGCUGCUACCGAUACUUGAACAGUAAAGGGGAUUUGAAGAGCCAGAUGUACUGGUAUCCAUAAGUUUGUUAACGCCUACCUUGCCUUCAUCGUUCAUACUUGAAUUAGUCACUUUUUUUUUUUACCAUUAGACGAGGUUCGUCAACAUCUGCCUAGUGUGCUUUAAGUCAUGUUUUGUGCCUCCUUGGAGACCUAACGGUCCAUUAUGAAUGAACACAGCGUUUUGUCAGCCUGGGAAACACCAGUGUGCAUUCCCCUGUGAUUUCCAUGAGUAGGCAGAGUGCUCCUUAGUGCGGCGUGACGUUUGGACUUAUUGAUGCUGACGGGUGUGGAAGCCAAAUCUGUUUACUCUGCACCAUUGAUGUGAAAUAUUGCUGAUAGUGGUUAAACGUUCUUCUAACCAGCCACGUAGAUGUUCUGAAUGUAUUAAAGACCCAAGUGAAAUGACUGAACUCCAUUAUAACAAACCAGUUUAUUUUUGAGGAUGCCAGGAUUGACCACUGUUAAGCACCUUUUGGGAGGUGACAGUAGAAAAAUAGAUUCAGUGAAACUAAAUGCAACUUGGUACAUCAAUCUAAAAAAAGGUGUAUUUGUAUACCACACAAGUACGGGGGUACCUGUUUUUUUUUUUUAUAAAUUCAACACAAGCAGUCACACAUGUUCAUGG